AUGAACGACUGCUUGUCGUUGAACGCGACAGCCGGACGAGUUGCUCAUUUGGCUCACGAAAAGGAGGAGAAACGUAUCCAAGAACGUCGACGUCAUCUCAUUUAUCUUAUUGCUGCUUUUUUACGAGAGCAAGGUUAUUCCAGUACCGCGGAAAGUCUCUUCAAAGAAGCUCAACUCUCCCGAGACAUUCACGUGUGUGACAAUAUUGAUCUCGAAACUAUCAUUCUCGAAUAUACCGAUUAUCAUUAUGCCAAGUACAAUAAGUAUCCCAAGUUGUGUAAGAAGAUAGAAGUUAGUAACGUAGCUCCAAAUGUCAACAAAAGAGCAGAAAGAAUUUCGAAGAUCUAUUCAAAGCAAGAGGAUCGCGUUACUGAGGAAUGUAACAAUAUUGGCAAAAAUAAAGUCGCACAAAAACAUACCACUUCCACAUGGAAUGAAUUGAAUCUUGGUAUGACGGUUACGCCGAUUUUUCCCGCGGAGAGUGGCGAUCGAGUCGCUAUACAAGUGCCAAUGUUCGACGAAACUUUCAUCAAUAACGAGAGACUACUGAAACCUAUCGGUAAUCUCUAUCCAUUUAGUUCUGAACUAAAAGAGAUUGCAGAUGUUAUGUCACGGGAAAUAGUGCAGCAAAACUUGAAUGUUCAUUGGGAUGACGUAAAGGGAUUGAAAGAUUGCAAAAUGUUAUUAAAAGAAGCCAUACUUUAUCCCAUGAAAUAUCCAAGCUUGUUUAAUAAAAGAUUCGGUUUUUGCAAAGGCAUAUUAUUAUACGGUCCACCAGGAACUGGUAAGACGAUGCUUGCGAAAGCAGUCGCAACCGAAUGUCAAUCGACUUUCUUUAAUAUCACUUCUAGUUCAGUUAUCAGCAAAUGGAGAGGAGAUUCAGAAAAAUACAUUCGCGUACUCACCGAUCUUGCUAAACAUUAUGCACCAACGAUAAUCUUUAUCGAUGAAAUCGAUUGGACGACCACAAAAAAUAUAGAUCAUUCAUCGAAUUCAGAACCUGCUAGAAGAUUUCGAGCUGAACUUCUCGCUAGAUUGGACGGUUUAUUGUCAAUGGAGUACACAAAUGUAGUAUUAUUAGCAGCUACAAAUGUUCCAUGGAAUAUAGACAUUGCCUUGUUGCGACGUUUAGAAAAAAGGAUUUUUGUGGAUUUACCCGACGAAACUAGUCGAUUAGAAAUAUUGCAGUCUUAUGUGCGUGAGGAUCUGUAUAAUUCGCCGGAGAUACUCAAACUUGCGAAAGAAACUGAAGGAUAUUCUUGCGCAGAUUUAAAACUGCUGUGCAAAGAGGCAUGGAUCAGUCAAUUGCGACCCAUUUGGGCGAGUCUCGAAGCUAAAACAAUCUCGAUGAAUAAUAUUCAAAAUGAUAGUCUAAUUAGUGCAAUUAAUCAUAUUGCGCUUGCUAAAACCAAAGUAAAACCCAUUACCAAACAUAUGAACGCACAAUAUACGGAAUGGCAUGAGGAAUUUGGUUUCUCAAAAUAA